AUGGGGGCAAGACGAUUUCACACUUGGAAGCUUUACGGCUACUGGCGGUCAUCGUGCACUUGGCGAGUGAGAAUCGCGUUGGCCGCAAAAGGCAUUAAGUAUGAGUACGUUCCCAUUGACAUCUCAAAAGGGGACCAGCAUGACAGUGAGCAUGAAAAUCGCAACCGAAUGAGACAGGUUCCGACUUUGGAGGUGUAUGAUGAAGAAGCAAAGACAAAGAGGCUGCUGAGUCAGAGCUUAGCAAUCAUCGAAUUUCUGGAAGAGACUUUUCCCAAUUCUGGUUGCUCCAUGUUGCCAAAAGAUCCUAUUGAAAGGAUGCGAGUGAGACAGAUAUCGGAGAUAAUCAACAGUGGAAUACAACCCUUGCAGAAUCUCAGCGUCCUCAAAGCUAUUUCAAGCAACGGGCAGAUGGAUUCGAAGGAUUGGGCACACAAGGCUAUCUCAAAGGGCUUGGAAGCUGUGGAGGUCCUUGCCCUGCAGAUCCUGGAGGAGCUAAAGGAGGAUCGAGGAAACGACAGCGUGUACCUUGCUGGAACCCGCGAACCAACCAUGGCUGAUGCCUGUCUGAUACCUCAGCUCUACAAUGCCCGAAGGUAUGACGUCGACCUUGCCACGACCUGCCCGCAUCUCUUGGAGGUUGAGAAGCGUUGCAACAAGUUGGAGUGGAUUGCGUCGUGUCAUGCAAACCUACAGAGUGAUGCUCAGGUGUAACGUCGGCUAAGGUAGUGUUUAAAUGGCAUUCAACGCUC